AUGAUGGAAUCGAAAGAGGUGAUUGUACAGGUCAAGAACCUAGAAAAAUCCAAGACAAAUGAUGAAGUAGUGCUCCACAUUUUGCAGGCACUGGAUAAAGAAGUGGUCCCCACUGAAAAACUACUCAGAGAGACUAAAGUAGGUGUCGAAGUGAACAAGUUCAAGAAGUCCAGUAAUCCUGAGAUUGCCAAAUUGGUUAAGAAGAUGAUUACAUCGUGGAAGGAUGCGAUUAAUAGGAGCAAGAAAGCCAAACAACCCCAGCAACAACAGCAACAACCCCAGCCACAACAACCGUCACAGCAUUCUAGCGCAGAACCAAAAAAACACGAUAAAUUCUCUUCGACAAAACCGAGAAACAGCAGAAACGACGGCGUCGAUACAAAUAUCUACAACCACAAGCUCCGUGAUAUGGUUAUUCGAGCCAUGUACGAUGCACUUGCCAAGGACAGCGAACACCCACCAAAAUCGAUCCUACAAACGGCCAAAGCUGUGGAAGAAGAGAUGCACAAGCUCAACAACUGCGAUGGCAGCGAAAAGGCCUACAAGGACAAAUAUCGUAUCAUUUACUCUAACAUUAUCUCAAAAAACAACCCGGACCUUAAACAUAAGAUUACCAGCGGUGAUGUCUCGCCCUUCUACCUGGUCAAUUGCGAUCCUAAGGAGCUAGCACCAGAGCACUUACGUCGUAAGCUCGAAGAAAUCGCAAAACAGAACCUUUUCAACGCCCAAGGUGCUACAGUGGAAAGAUCGGUCACCGACAGAUUCACUUGCGGUAAGUGUAAAGAGAAAAAGGUCUCUUACUAUCAAUUACAGACAAGAUCCGCAGAUGAACCUCUCACGACUUUUUGUACUUGCGAAGUUUGCGGUAACAGGUGGAAAUUCUCAUAA